CUUCGCUUCACGGUCGCCGUGGAAUGAGCCUCAACGAUCUUUUGCGGGGUUUCUUCGGCUUCCGCGGGGAGCCCAGAUCCCGAGAUCCCUUCUUCGGGGGGAUCACCCGGGACGACGAGGAUGAGGACGAGGAUGAAGACGACGGGGGCCCUUCCUUUGGGGCGGGACCCUCCGAUGGCUUCGGCUUCGGCUUCUCUUUCGGCCCCGGGGGGAUGCGCUUCCACGACAACUUUGGCUUUGAGCAGCUCUUCCAGGACUUCAACAGUCUGUUCAACGAGAUGGGGUCCUGGACGCUGCCCCUGCACCCCUUCGAGUUCCCUGGCAUAGAGGCGCCACCAUCUGCCAACCACUCACGUGAAAAGAGGCAAACGCUGCGGGACUCGAUGCUCAAAUACCCAGACAGCCUCAGGCCCAGCCGAGCACCGGAGGAUGAUGCGGGUCCCAAAGUCCCAGAGAGGCGGCCUUGGCGCCCGUUCCAGGGGCUGGAAGACAGGCCGGAACCCGCCGACCUACAAGACACCCCUAAGGAGGACAGAGAUCUGGACUCGCGCAUCACAUCCGAGGGACUCGAGACGAUUCUCCCGCCAGCUCAGCCUCGGUCUUAUUUCAAAAGCAUCUCAGUCACAAAAGUGGUGGCCCCGGAUGGGACUGUGGAAGAGCGCCGGACAGUCCGAGACAGCCAGGGCCACGAAGAGACCGUCGUCACCCGGCAGGGUGGAGGGGAGCCGUACCGCGGUCUCGACGGAGGCCAGCCGGGCGGGUCAGGCGACUUGGCACGCCCGAGAGAGAACAUGGACGACUCCUCUUCCAUCCUGGAUGUCUUCUUCCGCCGCUGGUUCCAGGGCCGAUAGUUCGUCCCGAGCUUCCACAUGGCUCCAAGAGACAAACCGUAGUUGUGCCUCCCCAAGCCUUCUUGGAUGUCGCUGGCUUCCUGCCCUCCUGUGUUCUGGGAAGACCUCGC